AUGGCGUCCCAAAGCUCACAGGAUCGAGCAUUGUCGAUCAAUCAAAUUCUCCGCCAAAACCCACGAGAUCAGCUCUAUGUUGAGCCAUUGAAAUGGACCCAUGAUCAUCUUCGGCACCUGGAGGUCUCUUUUGUUGAACCCAAAGAACUCCAUCCUUUCGACCCGGUCAGCCGAGACUCGAAAUUAUGGGACACAGUCAAUUUUACAGGGCGUAACGAGCUCUCAUCGCAAGAAGUACGUCUCAGAGCAGUUGAGGAUCUUUUGCAGAAGGCAGAUAAGUCGCUAUCAUUCGAAGACGACUUGUACCUUUGCUUCCACAGAAAGCAACAAAAGUUGGAUUGCACAUUCUCUCUUGAACCGGGCCAAGAUAUCCCCCUGGCCGCUUACGUUGAUCACAUGUCCAUCGUUGCCAAGAGGGAGGGUACAGUGAAAUCGAAAUUGAAAUCAAAGUCGACUAACACCUCAAUUGAGAUCAGCAAGUCCAAAUCGGAGUUGAAACUCAAGAAGAUAACGCCUGAGAACCCUUUGUACGAUCCUUUCAUUGCGGCUAUAUUGAUUGCUCUGGCCCAAGCCCAGCAACGAGCAACGACGGUCUCGAGGCCACAUACCAAGGAUAAAGUUGUUGUUGAUCCUGAGGACUUGAAGCCCUUGGCUACUGAUGGCCGGACGUAUGAUGUUCGAUUGCUUGUCAAUUUCCGCGAGGAUGCAUGCUUUAUGCUUUAUAAGGCUGUCAUCUCAUCGGCUUUCCUAGCCAAGUUUAACGAUCUGGACUAUGCACCAUCAACGUCAGCCCCGAUGAAGAUUGAAUUGAGCGAUAUUCCGUUUAAGCCCCGUAUCUCUCUGCAUCGGCGAGCCUUCAACGAACUAUUCCCCGAGCGACAAGGAACUGGAGGUGAUAGCGACGAGAGAUCCACCGACUCUGAGAAAUCGCCGAAGAAUAAAACUCGAGCAUCUGCGGAUAGCAAUGAGCCAUCCAGCGAUAGCCAGGGGCCAUAUAGUGAAAGCAGGGGCUCCACGGACAGCUAUGAUGUUGAUAGUUCCUACCACGACUACUAG